AUGAAGUUUGCACACGAUUUCAAGGAAACGCUUAGGCGCCAAGACUUUCCACCUCAUUGGAUUGAUCAGGCCAUCCCAUAUGGCCAGCUAAAGAAGGUUCUCAAACGUGUCGCCAGGGAACUCAACGAUCUGGGGCUUGACCCCGAGACUCUACGCCAACUUCUCGACCCGGCUAAUGAUUCGCCAUUGGCCGCCAAAUACCGCCUCAACGCUGCCGGGAACUCAAAGUUACUGAGGCCAAAGCUGACUGUCUUGGUGCACAUGCGCGACGGUAAUGCUGUUGACGCAUCGCUGACGCCCGCAUCCCGUUCCCUCAUUGAACGCAUCGCCGCCUUGCAGUCCCACGACCCAACUCAACCGAUCCCGGCCGCAGCUCCCGAGGACCCCGUACCAUCCAAGUCGCCGGUCUCGUCUGCUGAGUCUCUUGCCAAUGCCGAGAUUGAGUUAUCGGGCACCCAGUCUUGCCUCCAGGGCGAAGGCCAAUCGUCGCCAACAGAGCACUAUGAGCGUAUCGAAGUUCCACUUGUCUUCGACAGUGAAUUCUUUGACAUCCUGCAGAGCGAUGUCAACAACUUGGAUGCACUUCAGGCAAAGGAAGAAAAGGCCAUGGUGACGGAGAUCGUUGCCCUGAGACAGGAAAUUUCGCAUCUUACGAAACCCAGUCGCCUCUCCAAGAGCGACCUUGCGAGGUGGCGAGCCAUUUUCGAGCUGUACCUCGACGCCCAGGUCUUCUUCUCAACCAACGAGCAAGACCACGGGUCCCGAACCAGUCAGACGGCUGCGAAGCAACUUCAGUGGUUCCAAGAAGAAAUCACAAAGAGGAAUCUCGUCAAAUCGUUCAAGAUUGCCGAGAGUCGCGAAGCCCUGGUUCGCUUCUUAAGUCUCAACGCCGUCCUCCUCAAAAACUUGCAGUUUCAAGAAAUUAACCAGGUUGCCAUCUACAAAAUUCUGAAGAUCCACUCCGACAAGUUGCUGGCCGGUUCCGUGGCAAAAGACAUUUGCGCCCAAAUGUCUACCGAUUUAGUCUCAGUCGUACCGCAGAUCAGUGAUUAUCUGUGUCCAAUUUGCUUCGCCAUCGCCUAUAGGCCUGUCCGGUUAGCCUGCCAACACAUCUUCUGCAUCCGGUGCAUUGUCAAGAUCCAACGGCGGAAUGAGAAGCACUGCCCUUUGUGCAGAGCAGACACCGUCAUGAAGGCGUCCGCGGAUAAUUUGGAUAUUCAACUAGAGAGAUAUAUGCGCAAGUACUUCCCCAAGGAGGCCAAGGAGAAGCAGCGAGCCAACGAGAUUGAACGAGGCAUUGAGGACUAUGGUCCCGAGUACGUGCACUCUGAAUGCUCUGUUAUGUAG